GCCUUGUAGGUAUCAUCGCGUUGUUUCGUUGGUUGUGCAUCUCGCGUUCGUUCGUAUCCGAUUCGAAUCUCUCUCUGAUCGUGUAUGUCCGAAACACAAUUCGCUUGACCUACUUCCUCGACGUCGUGACCUCGUGACACCAGCAGAACGGUGGUGGCCGAUCCUCUUCUACCACCACUACCACCACCGCCACCCCGCAUGCUUCGCUCGAGUACGCGAGCAAUGUCAGAAGGCACGAUCCUCUUUCUUUCUCUCUCUCGUUUGAUCUCUUUCUCAUUCUCUUUAUCUCUUUCGUUCGUUGUUAGUUCUCAAUCCGAGAAAUAAAAGACGCGAGUUCCUUUUUCCCCCGUGUCCGACCAGUCAUCGUCUUUAUCCACUGUCGUCGCGACAUGAUAGCACCGUGAAAGAAGUGUGUGUGUGUUUGGUAGGAUCGCGUGCGUCAUUAUCGCCUUCAUUCUAAUCGCCGUCGCUGACAAUGUGCUAUCGCAUUUUUCCGAUUUUCUAGAUUCAUACGCGCCACCGACAACGAAGCGUUCUCUUUUCUUGCGUGUCAUCGAAUCGCGGUCCAAUAAGAAGAUUACAUUUGUCUAUCGUUGUUUACUAAUUGUAAGACUUCCACGUAUAUUGCAACGAACGUUGUUGAUUACUUUUUUAACGUUUGUCAUUCAAUUUGUACAAAAAAAAAAUUGUCGAAGCAAGAACCAAGAGCGGCGAUAGCGACGACUGUGGUUAACUUGUUAGAGACAUUUUUCACCCUAGAAAACCCGGCACCUAGACUGUCUGUCUCUCUCUCUUUCUCUCUCUCUAUCUCUCUCUCUCUCUAUCUUUUAUUUUUUCUUUUCUUUCUCUACCUAUCCCUCACCCUUUCCUUCCUUGUCUCGUCGCCCACCUUCCAUACGACGCCUUUUCUCUUCCCUUCGAACCUUCUCCGAGACGGUUUUUACCCUUCACUCGAGAAUGAUUGAAUCAGGUCAGUGUUUUCGACCAUAAGUUGUGCCUGCGCCUGCGCCCUACUCGCUUAGCGCCACCCUGUUGAAAACUAGGGACAACCCAAACAUAAUAUUCCCCGUUCGAUUAGCCUUAUUCUAAUGGCACUCGUCACGUUGAAAUAUAACGCUCUCUUUCUUUAUUUCGCGCAGUGCGUACUCGUGUAACGUGCCGAUAACGUAGAGAGUGCAGACGGGUUUGUGGAAGAAGAAAAAAGAAAAGGAGAGAGAGAGAGAGAGAGAGAGAGAGAGAAAAGAAGAAAGAAAGAGAGAGAGAGAGAUAGAGAAGGAAAGAAGAGAAAGAGGAGAGAUCAUUUUGCGUGUCGCGUGUCGCGUGCUUGCGUGCGUGCGUGCGUGCGUACGUGCGCUGGCGCGCUUCAUUUAUCUCUGUGCCUUUAUCUAUUUUCUCUGUGUAUAAAUCGCUAUAUGUUUUCGUGCGUGCAUACGUAUCGUCCGUGUUGUAUUUUCUACGAGAUCUACGCACAGCCUCGGUAAAAAAAAAAAAAAAAAAAAAAGAACAAAAAAAAAAGAAAAGAAAAGAAAAGAAACGAGAAGAAAACCAUCGGGUACAAAGAUUCCGAGUGCAGCCAAUAGUCGACGUACCCUUCAUAAUUAGCACCACCGUCGAGUCUAAUGAACCCAGAGGAGUUACGGAGCAAGAGACCUUUUAAGAUAUGGGACAGUUGGCGUAAUGUAAGAAAGGGACUGGUCGUAAGCAAUUUCGAAGAACUGAUACAUCGAGGUAAAGAAAAACUGGGUGUACCGCAAAAUGAAAAUGUCUCUUUAGUAUUGGAAUCAGACGGGACGCAAGUGGAAGACGGUGAAUACUUCAAGACACUAGCCAAUAACACGAUUCUCCUUUUAUUACGGCAUGGUGAACGGUGGUGUCCAACUGGUGUCGACAUCAUACGAGCCGCGAUAUCGGCGAUACCGAAAAUAGUUUGCGAAACGAUACACGCCCUGGAGCUGCACGAUGAGACGCCAUCGUGGAAAAUCAUGGACAAUAAGGGACGAGUCACAGUGGUCCUACAUUGGGACCAACGUUCGUCGUCGUCGUCGCAGGUUCAAUCGCAGUCGAAGGGCACAGAUGCCCAGUCCUCCAAGUAUUCGCCAACAAAGAAAGCCGAUCUGAGCGGGAGUCAACGGCCCUCGUUGGUGAUUCAAACUAGCCUUGACAAAUUGAAUUAUGUGGGAAAGUCAACGCAUCUGGCGGGCGAGCUUGGUCCCAACAGAUACGCGAGUCCCCAAAUCACUGUGAUAAAUCAUGAUGAUAUGCAAGCGCAACAACAGCAACAACAACAACAACAACAACAGGCGCAGCAACAGACACACGGUAUGCCAGGUCGUCUGGUGAAGCAAGGAACGAACUCGUUCGAAAGCACGACCAUUCAUAUCCAUACGCCAGAGUGUUCAAAUCACAUUCAUCAGCCGGUAGCAAGGAAUGGUAGUCCUGUAAACGGUGCGGACAACGGGACGACCGGGGAAUGCGACUUUCAUUGUUGCGCCUUACACGAGGAAGGCCGUAGAAUCGCCGUGCACAAGUCGGUCGCAACCUCGCCGAUCCAGGACAGCCAACAUCAGCAGUAUCAGCAGCAGCAUCAUCAUCCACACCAGCAGCAACAGCAGCAGACCCAGACACAGACACCGUCGCCCCAACCGCCCUCCUCCCUCUCCGACGGCACGAGGCGAUCGGGACUCGGUAAGGGCCACGUCAGAUUUCGCGAUACGACCGACGAGGAGUCGAGUCCCCGUCUAGGUCCCGGCAAUUCUACGGGAGGCUUCCAUCUACAUCAUCAUCAUCACAAUCAUCAUCAGGAGCACGAUAGUUCCGAGUCCGAAACCGAGAAUACGAUUAUGGAGGACGAAAUCGUCACAUCUGAGAAGUUUUUAUUGCUAAUCGAUCAGCUCACCGUAGAUCAAAAGCAUCAUUUAAGCAUCAAGGACAUCGGCAUUAUUCUCGAACGUUUAAGCUCCAAGAUAUUGGAUGUCGAACGAUUGGAUCGCGAGAGCGAAAGCGAGGAGUGUUACAACUGGACGAUCAAGGCCAUCAUCAGGGGUGACGUACUUCGAGAAUUGGGCGUCAUUUAUAAUGGCAAUUAUUAUGCCAUAUCGGAGCAUCCGGGAUAUAAAGAGGAAUCCGAAGAGAAUAAUGAGGAUAACGAGGAGGAGGAGGAGGAUAGACUUUAAUACGAUGCUGUUUUACUAGACGGACAGACAGACAGAUAAAUAGAUAGAUAGAUAGGUAGAUAGACAGAUAGAUAUGUAGUUAGAUAGAUAGAUAGAUAGGUAGAUAGAUUAUAUACCUAUUAAUGGUAUUAUUAACAUAGCAUUUACUAAAACGUAAAAACUGGUUGGGGCUCGUUUCGAUGACCACUGCGUAUUAGUGGGUCAUAGGUACGAGCCGCAGGAGAGAUUUGCCGACAUGUUAUCCGAGCAAACUCGAAUUGUAUGAAACUGAGUCGUGGUUGAAAAAAAAAAAAAUCGCAAGGAAAUUUGUCGACUUUUAAGGUCGACCGUAGCGAGAAAGACAGACACAUUGCGGAUGUUCCGUCGGUGUUACCGACGGAAAUCACGGGGACGGGUUGUCUCGUAUCGGUUAAGGAUCGGCAAAAAGUGAUUUUUUCAAAAGGUUUUCAUAUAAUAAUACUACUACUACUACUAUUACUACUACUACUAUUAAUAAUAAUAAUAAUAAUAAUAAUAAUAUAACACUAAUAAUGAAGAAAAAAAAAAAAGAAAGGAAUGCAUCAUUCUGAAAUCAUAUGAUACAUUAUAAACUUAGUUCUAAAGACGGUUGUUGAAAUAUCUACUUAUUAAAUAGUAUGUAUACUUGUAGGAAACAUUUUUGGGAUUACGGACGUUGAUUCCGUAACCGUCCACAACACUGCCCUAUCUAAAAAAGAGAAGAGGAGGAAGAGGAGAGGAGAUAACGAACGAUGCGAAAUGUUACCUCUAUCAUAAGCGAAUAAGAC